AUGCACUUGCAGUGUGUACUUGGAUUUCUGGCUCUAGUGAGUUUGAGCCAAAAGACCUUGGCCAAGGGAUUUUUAACCAGCAAACCCAUACAGCUUGAAGAAACCACAGUGGAGCCUGUGGCGGCUUCACCUUCCCCAUCACCUCCUCCAUCCAAUAGAGACAUCACGGUGGGUCCUUGUAAAUGGGCUAUUGGUCGAAGCUGUCCCGAUCCGGAUGUCAAGUUUUAUAUAUACACACGUCACAACCCAAUGGAUCGCCAGUGCUUGCACAUAGAUGAGAGCCUUGAGAAGUCCAAUUUGACGGCCUCGUACUUUAAUCCAAGAUAUCCCACGAAGAUCAUAAUCCAUGGCUAUAACUCGGAUAUGUUUCUACAUCCUUUGCAGCAGAUGAGAGAAGAAUACUUGGCCAAGGCGGAUUACAACAUUAUCUAUGUGGACUGGAGCAUCCUGUCGCCAGGACCUUGCUAUAUCAGUGCUGUCCAUAACACCCGUCAUGCCGGCACUUGCACCGCCCAGUUAGUAGAGCGUUUAGUGGAAACAGGGAAUACGGAUAUCCAUAUAAUAGGUUUCUCUCUUGGAGCUCAACUGCCCAACUACGUAGCCCGAAAUCUAACCUCCUUCACGCUGCCCAGGAUUACGGGAUUAGAUCCCGCCAUGCCGCUUUUCAUAACCGCUGGCAACGCGGAUAAGUUGGACCCCAGCGAUGCCAGCUAUGUGGAUGUGAUCCAUACAAACGCCCUGGUCCAGGGUAAAAUGGAGAGAUGUGGUCAUGCGGACUUUUAUAUGAAUGGUGGAAUCAUGCAACCUGGCUGUAAUGGACAGAAAAUAAAUUCCUUUGCCUGCAGUCAUCAGCGUGCUCCUGCUUACUUUCUGGAAUCCAUACGCUCCCCCAAAGGCUUCUGGGGAUGGGCCUGCAGUGGCUAUAUCGCCUAUCUCCUGGGGAUGUGUCCACCAACAAAUUUCCUUCUAGAGGCUGGAGAUAAUAUCCGCCCCACCACAAGGGGCAUGUACAUGAUAGAUACCAACGAUAGUUCACCAUUUGCUUUGGGUAAGUGGACGGAUUUGCCCACUUUGGGAGCCAAGAGGCCAUUUCUACGUGGGCCUCCGCAAAAGGUGAAGGCCCCACCGAACCAGGGCGUGGAUCCUCUGCUCCAGCACAUAGAUCAGUUUGGUAAAUUGGCUGCCAACUUUAAUAAUCUUCAAGGGUUUCCGAAUGCUCAGAAUCCCUACGAGCACUGGACUAGUUUCAGUCCGGAGCAGAAGGAAAACCAUGAAGAGGAUGACUCCGUAGAGGAGCAGGAUCUGGUGGAGUUCGAGGAGCUCGACGAUCGGCAGGUGACUACGCCAGCUCCUUCUCUGAACUGGUGGGAUUACAGAAGGAAUCUAACGUAUGGAUUCAUAGAGAAUAAUAUAUUCGCAGUGCCAACCUUAGAUUAGCCACAAAACCAUUUAAAAACCCCUACCUUGCCCUCAUUCCUUACUAAUAUUUAAGAAUCGUCCCCUAAGCUAAAACCCUUUUAAAAAAAUAGUCUAAUAGUUCCAUUAUUUGGGUUCCUUUUAUAGCAAAAUGUUUAUUAAAUUCCUGACCGCUUAAAAUAAAAUAUAAGAUUAGAAGGCUACGCAUGCAGAGAAUAAAAUAAACCAUCUCGUAAAAAUAGUUUUUAUUGGGCCAAUCAUCAUAAGGGUAAUCAUAAUCGUUAAAUAAUCGGUCUCUAAUAAUCAAUUUCUCAAUCUUAAUAAUUGUAACAAUCAUUGGCUUAAAAUGCCGGAUGAUGAAGUAUCGAAUAAAUGAUGAAAUUCAAUGUGUAUGUGAAUAAUCUAGGGAGUUACGAACAUAAUAGCUUGUUUGUUGAUUUUAUGUUAUGGUACGUGGUAUUAACUUGAUUCCAUACUGAAUAUUAUCGGGCCUGUAAAAUGUAGACAGCCGGAUCGAGGUGUGCUAGUCCU